AUGCCCGCUCGCCAGGACGCCUACUCCGUCUCCAUCCCUGUCUCUCCUCCUCCUCCAUCAGAUCUCUCCACCUAUAUGCGCUCGAUGCACCAGCACACCAAGCGCCAGAUGGAGGCUGCCAACCGCUCCUCUACCAGAAGAUCUGGCGGCCGCACAAGCGUUGGUGGUUUGAUGGUUAUCGGGCAGCUUCACCCCGAGAUAUCGAGGGUGAUCAUCCAUGAUUAUGAUAAGAACGAAUAA